GAAAGCCAAAGAAGGUCACUUUAAAAGUUUUUAUUAGAAGGCACCCUUUCCCCUGUCUUGUCUCUUCUCUUCUCUUCGACGACUUAAAGCAGCAGCAGCAGAAUCUAGGGUUUGCCAAACAGUGAAUCCUUUGGCUUUCUGAGGGAACCAAGAAAAAGCAAUAACCUUUUAAGCAAAUGGCAACUGAGAAUCCUAUAAUGAUGUCUGGGAACAAUGAGAGAUGGUCUAAUUCUGUUCCUAACCGAAGUGGGAGUGCUCCUCCGAGCAUGGAGGGAUCUUUUCGAGCCGUUGAUAAUCUAUCGUCACGACAGGGCAGUUUUCAAAAGCAGGAGUCUGUGACCACCACUCAUCCUUCUAAAAACAACCUCAAACGCGUACCUUCUCCACCUAUCUAUUACCCUGCUGCUGAGUAUCAGUUCAGAGACAAUCGUGUAGGUACACUUUCUACUCACAAGGAAGUGUCUGAGGAUGAAACCUCUCAACAGCAAUCUGUUAUUAGUUUUUCCGUUAGGACAAAUGGAGUGGAAGAAGAUUUGAGACAGGAUGAUAGUAGUGAGUCUAACUCUUCUUUAACUGGUGAAAUGAACACAGCGGAUGAGAGUGGUGAUGUCUCGGAGACAUCAGAUAACGUUGUGGUUAAAGGUAUUGCUACUGCAGUGACUACUAGAGCUUCCGUUGUCACUGAGAAGACUCCUGAUGAAUCAACUAUCAUCUCUAAGAUGAAGAAUGCUAACAUAUCUGGACCGGGAGCGCCCAAAUACCUUCGAGAGCCAAGGAACGCAAGGCCAGAAAAGCAGCAGGUUUAUCAACAACAAAAUAAUGUAACAUGGGGCGGCAAAAUGGGUUAUCAUGGUGUAAACGAUGGGGUGGUUAACGGGACCGGACAGUUUCAUUAUGGACAACAUGUGCUUCACUCUCCAGGCUUUAAGCCGCCUACUCUUUACGCUGCAGCUCAGACGGCUUAUGUGACUUCACCAGCUCAAGUCUACAACAUGCAGCAGUCUCCUCCUGUUUACUCACCUCAAUAUGGUUAUGGACCUUACGCCAACAUGAUCCCACCACACCCACAGUUCAUACCUAGAUACCCUUCACAUGGUUCAGUUCCGUUUAUUCCUCAGUUACCUGGACCAAGUGCGGGAGGUGAAAUGCAGUAUGCUCAGAAGUUCUAUGCUCCACAGGGGCAACCUCCUUUUCCAGAUCCUAUGUAUAUGCAGUACAGUCAACAGCCAUUCGGGCAGAUCAACCCGAUGGCGGCUAUUAGGGGGAACUAUAAGAAUGGUCCUGAGUCUCAGAGAGAUGAGCUGAAGUUCGUCCGGGGAGUAAGAGGGCCGAGUAGUAACUCUAAUAUGGGUAGAAUGGGGCUUAAUUAUUAUGGAGUCCAGCCAAAUAUGGGCAUUGUGGUGCAGUAUCUGCCUGCACAGCCCGGUGCUCCUCUUUCACCGGGCUCUGUUCCCUAUGUAGAGGCAUCAUAUCCUGGGUGGCAGCCACAGGGAAAUGGCCCGAGAUUGUGCAAUUUUCUUGAAGAGCUGAAGUCUGGAAAAGGCAGGAGGUUUGGUUUAUCAGACAUCACAGGACACAUUGUUGAAUUCAGUGCGGAUCAGCAUGGGAGCCGGUUCAUUCAGCAAAAGCUUGAGAAUUGUAAUCCAGAAGAGAAAGCAGCUGUCUUCAGGGAGAUUCUUCCUCAUGCUUGCAAACUAAUGACUGAUGUGUUUGGCAAUUAUGUCAUUCAGAAGUUUUUCGAAUACGGAAACACAUCACAGAGAAAGGAGCUCGCGGAUCAACUCAUGGGACAGAUAGUACCACUUAGUCUGCAGAUGUACGGUUGUAGAGUUAUACAAAAGGCUCUUGAUGUCAUAGAACUUGAUCAGAGAGUUCGUUUAGCACGUGAACUAGACGGGCAGGUAAUGAGAUGUGUUCGAGACCAAAACGGAAACCAUGUGAUCCAGAAAUGCAUCGAGAAUAUUCCUGCAGACAGAGUUGGAUUCAUGUUAGCUGCAUUCCGUGGUCAAGUUUCCUCGCUCUCUAUGCAUCCUUAUGGCUGCCGUGUCAUUCAGAGGCUUCUGGAGCGUUGCUCAAAUGAGCAUCACUGUCAGUUCAUCACCGAGGAGAUACUGGAAUCAGUAUGCGUCCUUUCCAAGGACCAAUAUGGAAACUAUGUCACACAGCAUGUUUUGGAGAAAGGGACAUCUGAAGAACGUGAGAGAAUCGUGAGGAAAGUAUCAGGGCACAUUGUGCAGCUUAGCCUACAUAAAUUUGCGUCAAAUGUUAUAGAGAAGUGCCUGGAGCAUGGCGGUAGAAUUGAGCGAGACCUCAUCAUCAAAGAGAUUGCAGGGCCCGACGAGAGCUAUGAUAGUCUAUUGAUGAUGAUGAAGGACCAGUAUGGAAACUAUGUGGUGCAGAAGAUAUUCGAGACGUGUACUGGUGAGCAGCGUGCAGCAUUGUCUAGCCGAGUCAGGAUGCACGCUUCUGCUUUGAAGAAAUACACAUAUGGGAAACAUAUUGUUACUCGUUUCGAACAGCCCUUUGGUGAAGGAAGCCGAGAAUCGAGGCGAUGAAUGGCUCUCUUCUGAUUGAAGCAGUGGCUGACUGAGAUUUUAAGUUGAUGAUUCAGUUCGCUUUUUCAUGGAAGCUGGAGAUUCAUUGCAAAGGUUGACAAUCAUUGUGGAAGCAAUUGGUUGUGAAGAAAUGUAUCAGUAGCCGUUGUGAUGAUUGUGUGGGCAUGCAUGUUGGUAAAUAUUCAAAACUGUAACUGGUUUGCGGAUUCAUCAAAGACAAUUCCAAAAACUUUUCUAAACAUUAUCAUUACUGAUUCCAUGCUAGUCGUUAUACAGCC